AUGUCUCCAGGAAAAGUUUCGACUCUCGACUUUGAGACCUUCUACAACAUCAUCGACGGCAAGCAGCGCGGCUCAGACAACAUUCACCAUGGUAUCAACCCCGCAACUGGCCAGCAACUCUGGGAUGUACCCAUUGCGAGCGAGCAGGACCUGAACGACGCUGUUGCGGCCGCGAAGAAGGCCUUCCCCGCAUGGAGAGAUACACCGAUUGAGAAGAGGAAGGAGCUCCUUAACAAGGUCGCCGAGUCGUACCAGCAACACACCGAUGACUUUGUCAACCUGCUGUGCAAAGAGUCUGGCAAACCGAGAAAAUUUGCUGCCAUUGAGGUUGGUGCCGUUGCUGGAUUCAUCGGUCACCACUUGACUCUCGACGUCCCUUCUGAGAAGGUUGAGGAUGAGGAGAAGACCAUCUACACAGAGUAUUCACCUCUCGGUGUUUGCGGUGCCAUCUGCCCAUGGAACUUCCCUCUUGUUCUGAGCACUGGAAAGAUCGCACCAGCCCUCAUGACCGGAAACUGCAUGAUCGUCAAGCCUUCACCCUUCACACCUUACACAGCUCUGAAGUUUGUAGAGCUGGCACAGGAGAUCCUCCCUGCAGGUGUCCUCCAAGUAGUCGGCGGCAACAACGAGCUCGGUGUUCAGAUGUGCCUCCACCCCGACAUCGCCAAGAUCAGCUUCACCGGCUCCAUCGCUACCGGAAAGAAGGUCAUGGAGACAUCUGCAAAGACCCUCAAGCGCGUCACACUCGAGCUGGGUGGCAACGAUGCGUCCAUCAUCCUUCCUGAUGUCGACAUCAAGAAGACUGCACCUGAAGUCGUCAUGGGUGCUUUCCAGAACAGCGGUCAAGUAUGCGUCGCUACCAAGCGCAUCUACAUCCACGAGUCCAUCUACAAGGAGUUCCUUGAGGAGAUGGUCAACUUCACCAAGUCGAUCAAGAUCGGUAACCCAGACGAUGGCGACAACCUGCUCGGACCUGUUCAGAACCAGAUGCAGUACGAGCGCGUAAAGGGCUUCUUCGAGGACAGCAAGGCCAAGGGCUACAAGUUCGCCGCUGGCCAGCCCGACGUCAGCACCGGAAAGGGGUACUUCAUCCAGCCAACGAUCAUCGACAACCCGCCCAACGACUCCCGUAUCAUCCAAGAAGAGCCAUUCGGUCCUAUCGUGCCCACCCAGCCGUGGUCCGAUCUUGAUGAGGUCGUCGCACGCGCUAACAACACAAACACCGGUCUCGGUGCCUGUGUUUGGGGCAAGGACGUCGAGAAGGCCUGCAAGGUAGCGCGCCGUCUCGAAGCUGGUUCCGUGUUCGUGAACUCAUGGGAGAAGCCAACACCUCAGGCGAUAUUUGGAGGACACAAGGAAUCUGGUAUCGGUGGAGAAUGGGGCAAGACCGGUCUUCUUGCAUACUGCAACCCACACGUCAUGCACGUCUACAAGUCAUAA